AACACAUGUCAAUCACUACACUAUUCUAACACGUAAAGCGUUUUCGCACACAAAUUUAGAGACGACAAUCAAUGUUGGCACGUAUUUAUAACGGUCGUAUGCACUUUUACGUUCAGUUGCUUGUUAGAGAUGAACAGGGGCUUGAAAAUACUUGUAGUAUCUGACAAAAGCUUAUAUUAUACGAAACUGUGCUCUCAGCAACAUUUGUGUAACGUAUCUACUUAUAUACUCUGAUAACUAGUUCAAAUGGUUUUUUUGGUGCUAAGUCUAACGGUAAUACUGCUUUUAUGCAUUCACUUGCUAUGGAAAGGCAGUUAUUGGCAGAGGCAUGGUAUACGUGGGCCGCGUGGAUGGCCGGUUUUAGGCAAUAUGGGUGCAUUCUUUUUCGGUCGCAAACAUUAUGGUGACGUCUAUAAACUCCUUUACGAUGCUCAUCCACACCUUCCUUAUUUCGGCAUUUAUCGGCUCUUUAAUGAGCCGGCGGUGUUGUUGCGGAGUGCGGAGAUGAUCAAAGAGGUAAUGAUACGCUCAUUUCAGCAUUUCCAGGAUAAUGUGUUGUGGAUUAAUCGGCAACGUGAUCCCAUUGUUUGCUAUAACCCAUUCAUCGCGAAAGGCGAACUAUGGAAGAAUAUGCGAGCAGAAAUUGUACCGAUUUUCACCCCAAAUAAGGUCAAAGCUUCUUUUCCCCACAUUAAGUCCAUUUGCGGAAAACUUAAUAAGUUUGUGUCCCAACAAAUAAACAACUCAAACAAUUCCUUCGAAGCAAAAGAUCUGUUCUCCAAGUACACACUCGAUGUGGUCGCCUCAGCGGCGACUUCGUUCGACAACACCAAUUCAGACUUUACGCAACUUGUUGAGCAUCUCUUCAUGCCGAAUACUUGGAGUUUACUCGAAACGAUUGCAUUACUGUUCUCACCAUUCCUCGGCGACAUCAUAAAAUAUCACUACGUGCCGGCAGGCGUGCAGCACUGGCUGUGUGGAAUAAUUGGAAAGAUUCUAGAGGGGCGGUGUUUGUCGGCAAAGCCAAACAAAGGCAAUGUGGCGUCAAGACCAAGUGAUUUUUUGCAAUGGCUCAUUGAAGGCAGACAGAAAUCGCACGAACCGGUGGAUAUGGCGACAAUGGUCGGGCAUUGUAGUACUUUCCUACUUGAAGGCUUCGAGACAUCAUCAUCACUAAUGGCAUUUGCGCUGUACGAGUAUGCUAAACACCCACUGGUGCAAGCACGCGUUCACAAGGAAAUCGACGAAGUGUUGGCGCGUCACGGUGGCGAAAUUAGCUACGAAGCUUUGCAGGAGAUGCCUUAUUUGGGAGCGACAUUAUAUGAAACUCUGCGUCUGUAUCCUCCUAUGAUGGCUUUAUUGAAACACUGUACAAAAGAAUUCGAAUUGCCGUCACAGUGCCUAGGAGGCAAGUCGUUUCAGGUGCCUGUGGGGAUGGUCUUUAUUAUUCCGGUGAAAGCUGUGCACUAUGAUGCUGAUUUGUAUGAGCAUCCAUUGCAAUUUCAACCAGAUCGGUUUUUGGACCAAAGCAGUCACGUAAAUAGGAGUUUAUUUUUAGGAUUUGGUGAGGGACCUCGUAUGUGCCCAGGCAUGCGUUUCGGAUUGGCUCAAAGCAAAGCUGGUAUAGUGACAUUGCUAUCCAAGUAUACCGUUAGCUUGGCUGUGAAUUCGAAGCCAUUUAAAAUUUCAGCAACAACUUUUUUAACCGCUCCUCAGGAUGGUAUAUGGAUUUCGUUCGUAGAAAGGAAGUCGUUGCAUUCAAAAUUAAGUAAUUAUAUAAUUAAUAUUAAAAAAAAAUAAAAAUUAAUGCAACAAUCGUUUUUCGGCGAAUCCAUGCAUGGAUUUCAAUAGUAUUUAGUAUACCUUUAACUUAUACUCUAGAUCGUUUAGUCACUAAUUUCAUUACAACAUUUUGCUUUAUGUCCGAGACAUUUAUAUAUAAUGAUUAUAUUAAAGAGUAUUACAUGAGAAGUAG